UUCUGUCUCUCUCCUCUGUUAGAAGCCAACCUGCUUCAUCUUCACUACCGCUGGCUGAGUAGAAAUCUUCAUCAUCCUCUCCUCCUGAGCUGCUGCGCCAUCUAAAACCCUGUCCAAGUUUUCCGUGUCUAAGUUGGGGAUUUUCAGGCUCUGUCACACUUUAUAAGAUUAAUGAGCUGAGUGUUGUAAACAGUAGGCAGGCUUUUUUUAAGGAGCCAUAUUGUAAACGGUGUUGGCCGGCUCCGCUCACCCAAUGUUAACUGUCAUAUCACCCAGAGGACCGAAAAAAUCUCCGAGAGAUGCUCUAUUGUUUGUGCGUAACACCGGCCUGGAGACCCGCCGCCCACACGGCGCACAUGGCGACCGCCGCCUUCCCCGUUUUUUCUCCCCAGAAUUUACCCCCCGCUAAGACAAAACAAUAGCGGCUAUCCUGUGAUACAGCCCCUCUUUGCCACAGCGUUUGGUGGAAAAAUAAUAAUGCUGCUUCCCACAUCCAUCGCCGCCGCCAGGCCGAAGCCCCCGAUUGGAUGUUUUGGGUCACAUGACCAGGAAUUGGCUGCAAUUUCGCCCCAUAGUUCUUCAGUUUAGCCUACCCAGGUCCCCAUACGCUAGUAAUAUCACCAAUAUACACAAUUAUUAUAUAGCCACCGCAUUUACGCCAUUGCGGUCGGGGCAUACGUGCUCGUGCGUUUUUUCAUUUCGUUUUAUUUUUUUAAGAAGCCAUAUUGUGUUGUGUGCGUGUGCGAGCGUGCGUGUGUAGGCUAUGUGUUUUGUUUUUUUUAUUUUGGGGAAGGGAUUGUUCGGGGGUCUCGCCGUUUGAGGGUGAAACCGGUCUGAGGGAGCUAUGAAUUUUGAAUUUGAGAGGGAGAUCGGUUUUAUAAACAGCCAGCCGUCCCUAGCAGAGUGCCUGACGUCCUUCCCCGCCGUCCUGGAGUCAUUUCAAACUUCAUCAAUCAAGGAGUCGACAGUAAUUCCGCCUCCCUUCGAGCACACCAUCCCCAGCCUCAGCCCCUGCACAGCCAGCCAGCCGAGACCGACUGCUAGGAGCCAGCAGAACCGGAGAACCUCCGCCACUAAUGGCCUCCAGACGCACCACCGAGCCGCCCAGCAACCCUGCCCGGCCGGCCAGGCCCCUGGCACGGCCACGGCCUCUCCGGCCGGUCCGCUGGCCCACGAGUUUCCCUGGAUGAAGGAGAAGAAGUCAUCAAAGAAGUGCCCCAAGCCUGGGAGCAGCUCCAGCGGUGGCGGAUCCAUCAUCCCCCCCGCCUCGUCCUCCCCGUCGCCGACCGCCUCCGGGUAUGCUUCGGCGGGCAUCGAGUCCCCCACAGACUCAAGUCAUGCGGGUCUGGAUGGUGGAGGAGCCGGGUCCCGCCGGCUGCGCACGGCCUACACCAACACGCAGCUGCUGGAGCUGGAAAAGGAGUUCCACUUCAACAAGUAUCUAUGCCGGCCCAGGAGGGUAGAGAUCGCCGCCCUUUUGGAUCUGACCGAGCGGCAGGUCAAAGUUUGGUUCCAGAACCGGCGGAUGAAACACAAGCGCCAGACUACGCACCACCGGGACGGCGGUGGAGGAGGCCACGAAUCCAGCGACCUGGGCGGGUUCGAGCCGCUCGAAGGCGCCGAUGCUUCAUCCCCGUACUCAAGCCAGCCGCUGGAAGCAUCUGGCACCGGGGAGGCCACAUCGGAGGGCGAGCCGGGGAGCAGCAAUCCAUCUUCGGCCGCUGCUCCCACCGCCUACGCCAAUGACAGCGGGGACAAUGCACAGCCCACGCCGGAGGAGGGCUGCAGUUUGAGCCGUCCCGAACGCCCACCGCUGCCAGGGGCAUCUGGCUCCUCGGACGCUGCUGCAUCUCACCACUCCCCGCCUGCGUUCACCGCGACGAACUCGGCUGACAACACGGGCCUGAUGCAGCUCAGCGAGGCCGGGCUCGCAGCAGCAGUAGCGGCGUCCGAUCCGUCAUUCUCUGAGCAACGGGACUCGCCCAUCACCUCCUCCUCGGCUGCCCCUCCCGCCGCCUCCUCAUCUGCGCUCCCCGAUCUGACCUUUUUCGCCGGGGACGCCUGCCUUUCACCCAGCCUCCAGAGUUCCCUGGAUAGUCCGGUGGAUUUCUCCGAGGAGGACUUCGACCUGUUCACAAGCACACUGUGCACCAUAGACCUGCAGCACCUCAACUUCCACUCCUUUAUUUGUCUUUGUCUCCCUGCAGACUCAAGUCAUGCGGGUCUGGAUGGUGGAGGAGCCGGGUCCCGCCGGCUGCGCACGGCCUACACCAACACGCAGCUGCUGGAGCUGGAAAAGGAGUUCCACUUCAACAAGUAUCUAUGCCGGCCCAGGAGGGUAGAGAUCGCCGCCCUUUUGGAUCUGACCGAGCGGCAGGUCAAAGUUUGGUUCCAGAACCGGCGGAUGAAACACAAGCGCCAGACUACGCACCACCGGGACGGCGGUGGAGGAGGCCACGAAUCCAGCGACCUGGGCGGGUUCGAGCCGCUCGAAGGCGCCGAUGCUUCAUCCCCGUACUCAAGCCAGCCGCUGGAAGCAUCUGGCACCGGGGAGGCCACAUCGGAGGGCGAGCCGGGGAGCAGCAAUCCAUCUUCGGCCGCUGCUCCCACCGCCUACGCCAAUGACAGCGGGGACAAUGCACAGCCCACGCCGGAGGAGGGCUGCAGUUUGAGCCGUCCCGAACGCCCACCGCUGCCAGGGGCAUCUGGCUCCUCGGACGCUGCUGCAUCUCACCACUCCCCGCCUGCGUUCACCGCGACGAACUCGGCUGACAACACGGGCCUGAUGCAGCUCAGCGAGGCCGGGCUCGCAGCAGCAGUAGCGGCGUCCGAUCCGUCAUUCUCUGAGCAACGGGACUCGCCCAUCACCUCCUCCUCGGCUGCCCCUCCCGCCGCCUCCUCAUCUGCGCUCCCCGAUCUGACCUUUUUCGCCGGGGACGCCUGCCUUUCACCCAGCCUCCAGAGUUCCCUGGAUAGUCCGGUGGAUUUCUCCGAGGAGGACUUCGACCUGUUCACAAGCACACUGUGCACCAUAGACCUGCAGCACCUCAACUUCUGAGGCCAGCUGCAACGUUUAAUCAUAAACGAAAAAUAAAAGACAAAAGACGGAGUGGAGGGACAGGCCUGUGUGGAUGAACAAUCGAGCGGAAGAGACAGCACUCGGCGAGGACUCUGUUGUUUAAAAAGCAUAAAAGCUUCUCGGCAACAUUCCUGAAACAUUUCUGAAUGAAAAUUCUGUUCGUUUUUAAAUAUAUAUUUUUUUCGUCUUCUUGCUGGUUUUACUUUGCCGCUAAAUGUAGUUUAAGAGAGAUGCAUUUUUUAUUUUAAACACCGAAAGGAAAUUGUUUUUUUUCCACGAUCGAGAAGUGGUGGAUGUUUUACUCUCCUCAUGUCCAAAUUUCAGGUAUUUAUUGCCUUUCUUGUUUUUGAUAUUUUUUUGUUUUGUUAAAAUGAUGGACCUUUAUCAGUGUGCGUGGAUUUGUUUCCUCUAGUCCAUUCUGGUGCAGCUUCAUGGAUCCUUAAUAACUUCUCAGGAACUGUUCGCGAAGUCUAGGUGCAGAGAGCUGGACUGCUCUUACAAAUUCGAAACUGAAGAAUGAAUUCAUUCUCUCUCUGAACGUGGCGAGACGAGAGAGAGAAGCCCUGCUGAUGACCCGAGUUUUAGACCCUAGUUUAUUUAUUGAGAUUCUUUAAUAGUGAAAAUCCAAAUUAUUUAUUGUACAUAUAUUUUCAUAGUGGAAUAAUAAUAAUAAUAAAAAAACACACAAACAA